GUGUCUUCAGUUGCGUGCGGGGCACCGGUUGACAUUGUUUGACAUAUCGCGCUGCGUGACGCGUGUUUGCGUGCCGUCGAGCCUGCGAGUGACAGGUGGUGCUCCGAUCCGUCAGUGCGACUCCUCGCGCGAGGAAGAUCUCGCGAUCCUCGGAGAACGACGUCCGUAAAGUGUAUUAAACAAUACAACGUUCUGCGGGAAGGGACAGACGCGAGUGUGAAGUUAGGAACGAAGUCGCGCGUCACUCUGAAUAUAGCCGCGAGUCGAAUCGAGUUACUCCGUCACGCGCGAUUAUAUAUCGAAUCCCGCGAACACCCGCUCUUCGAGAACUAUCGCCGUGACAUGCACGCACAAUCGGUGCGUAGCUGCUCCUAGAGGUGCCUCCCCGCGUGUCAGGUCCUACGAUGUAUACCACGUAUUCGUGCGACGACUUACCCGGGAGAUUCAGCUGCAGAAGAGUAUAUUCGAGAUUACUCUCCGGCAGGCCAGGCAUAAAACCGCAGGAAUUUUCGUUUCUCAUCCGGUGUUGGGACAAGGUUGGCGGAUCUAUAUGGGGCAAUGCGUGUCUCGUAAGGCGGGCGCCGUCGUCGCAGCAUCCGGUCAUCACAAUUCGCCUUCGUACCGUAUCAUGGACAAGGCCCAGAAACAGGGCGACCUACGGGGCUCCUCGAAGCGCAGCACGUCACAAACGCGCGGCACUGCGAUGUCCUUCGGCUUCCGGCGAAGACCCACCAGCGGGAUCCCGAUGCCGAUAACGAAUUACGCCGCCGGCACCGUCAGCGAGAAGAGCUUGCUGCAUCCGCGCUCGAAGUCGGCCGGCCCGGAACAGAAUCGCAGACAGGCGAUGGACGACGACAAUGGGAUCCAUAAUUCGUCGUCCGGUCGGUCGACGCCGCGGCUGGCACCGCCGAAGAAGGACUCGAGCGGGAUCGGCGUCAGGACCAACCGUUUCGGGUAUCGGCAGCCCCAGACGAGGUUCACGAAUAAGGUCGGCGACAUUUGCCACGGCAUCACUCACUACAAUCAGGAGAAGCUGCAGCAACAACAUUAUCAGCAGCAGCAGCAGCAGCAGCAGUAUUAUCAGCAGCAGCAACAGGAGAAUUACUUUGUCAAACAGCAACAACAACCACAACCGAACAGGAUCGUACAGCAACAUCUGUACAGCACGACGGCUCCGACGAAGCUUCGCACGUCGCCAUCGAAUAACGCGGCUUACGGCGGCGGUAACAAUGCGAUGACGCAAUACGCGGACGCGAACAAACGAGGCUCAGGCAUUCCUGAACCCAUUAGCAGGUAUACUCUGCACACCAGUCACCUGCCGCUUCCGCAAUACGCUGUACGGGUAAGCGAUUCCAAUUCUAAGAUCGCCAAGACAGCAGCGAAUCAGAGCAGGAAGAUAUCCACGUCCAAGGGUUCGUCCAGUUCGAAGGAGGGCUCGGUGACCGAAGAUUCGGGCGUCAGCAGCCAGCCGGCCGGUCCGGAAGACGACAGGAUCAGAUCGAUGGAUUACAUGGACGAGAGCUCUCUGAGGAGACGCGGCGUCGGUAGACCGAGAAACCUGCGUAUGGUGGUGAAUGGCAAGAGUUUCGACGUGAGAGACGUCCGAGACGAUGACAGCACUGUCACGGAGAUCUCCGUGAUCCCGUUACCCAAGUCGUUCGCGACCCACGCGGCCAAUCUGAACACCGGCUUUGUGCGUGAACGGGCUACGCAGUAUCAAAGGAUCGUGAACAAGGACAACAGGUACACCGACUCGACCGCGUCGAUGUCUACUACGUCUUCAGAGGGAUACGAGGAGGGUUGCCUGAGCGAGGAGAAGGUUUACAAGGACCGCUCGCGUACGGAGAAGAUCCCGUCCAUAAAGUCGGAUUUCAGUCCGCUGAGUUCGGAUGAUCCCGAGUACGGCCACGGCGAGGCCAUGGCGGACGAGUACUCGUUGAGUUCCAGCGAUGAGUGCCAGCGUUCCAACUCCAUCAUCGCUCAGCACGCGCAGGCGAUCACCGCCGCGACGAAGAGCGGCGCGGCGUCGAAGAACACUUUGCGAUCGGUGCUUCUCACCAUCGAGGAUCCGGCAUUCGCCGCCGCCGCCGCUACCACGACCACUCUGAUAGACGACGAGACUUCGCCGGUCGACAGUCUGUUCGACAGUCCCACCGCCAGCAUCACUCAGUCGGACGGAAAGCCCUCGAAGAGAGACGAGGAACACGCGCUGGAACGUUCGGACAAUACCCUCGAGGAUGACAGUCCCGGCACGCCGACGAACGCCUCCAACUCGCUCAGCCUGUCCGAGGGUAGAGAGUUCUUCGACGACGAGAUCGCAGAUCAGCCGGGAUUGAUCUUCGACGACAGGGCUAAUUCGAGGGCUAGGAUGGAGACGCAGUCCGCCAUGGGGAAUCAAGUAAUCACCGAGAAUAGCCACACUCUAAUCGAGACGAGCUCUAAGACGGGUGCUACGUACAUCAAAGGCGCAGUGAACAGUCCUCAUCACGGGCAGCGUUUGCAUCGAACGGGAAGCGUGGAUACUUUGUCGCCCUGCGAAUCUAUCGCUUCGGAUGAUUUAAUGUUAGAUUACGAUGGCAGCGACGCGAGCUCUUACGAAGAACAGCAACGAUUAAAUUCUAAUACUGCACUGCACGAUCUGGAUGACGCCACUAUAAUUUCCGAGUUGGAGGCUCAGGGCGAGGAAGUGAUGAGGCAGUGGAGCUCAUUGCUGAACACAGCUCAUAUGCAGGAGGAUGCGAAUUCCAAUUCCGCCAACAACAAUUUCGUCAACAACACAACAUCGGGCAACAAUAACAAUCAGGCCAUCGAAUCUGGAAUCGGAAGUGACAGGAUGUCAAGGUUGUUACGAAGCAGAUCCGGAACAGAGUCACCGCGUUCGUUAGACAACAUGCGUAAUCGUCAAGUUUCUAGUCCUAUGAGAACGUCGGGAAGUGUUUCAUCCUCGUGCGUCGAUUCCGGGGACGAGUCCAGCCUCAGGAUAGAUCGGGGAACGUAUCAAUACAUGUUCCAGGACAUUGUCUCCAUAAAGACGAUGCUCCUGAAACUUAAACGAGUCCUUCAGGAGUCAGGGGAGAACGAUUUGACGAGGGCAGAAACUCUCAACCCAUUCGAUAAUCCGAAGAAUGGUCUCUUCUGUAACCUGAACGAAAGCGGUACCACCGACGUGAGCACGUCACCAGGAAGCGGUGGUAGCAGCAUCGCGGACGAACUAACGGACUUGAGGAGACAGGUGGUGUUUCUUCAAGGCCAAGUAGAGGACCGAGAUCGUACCAUACAAUCGCGAGAUCGCACCAUCGAGCUACUUGAGGUAAAUAACGAGCUCCAGAUGUCGAAGCUACAAGGACCUAAGAACGGCGACGCUCAAAGUUGCAUCCUACCGACGCGAAAUAACGAAAUCUCCUUGAUAGACACGUGUAACGCCGCUACGCAAACGGAGAAGACACGUCCAGUAUCAGCGGGACCCUCGCUCCUACAAUCACUCCCACAGGAUGGUGUUACGGGGCCUCUCGUUAGUUGGAGUGAUUCGUCGGACCGUCAGCGAUUGUCGAUGCUCUCCGAGCUUAAUUCCUCCGGGAGUCAUCAUCGCAAGCCAACCGAACGUUUACCUCAUACGUUAAGACUCCGUCAGGAGCAGACCCUGACGCGGGGUCGGGUCAACGCGCACGCGAGGAGACACUCGUCGGAGGCACUCGUCUCCAACUCGCUUAUCAAGCCGAAGGAAGUCAUCUGCGACUCGAAUAACGCGGAACAGCGGGACGCCACCAAGGUAGAGGGAAACACGAUCAAAUCCCUUAUUCCGACGCCUAGGAAGCUUCGGCUUUAACGAUAAGAAGAAGAUAUGCGGCGAUUAUCUUCUCUGUGUAGCAACGUUUCUUUUUCGUUCCAGACGUCCGAAUCCCUGUCGAAGAACGCGUCAUUCGAUUUACAUAUAUUAUAUACAUAUCUCUGAAAUUUCUCUCUUCCGAUAAAUCUUACAUAAAUCGACAAUAAGCUAAUAUUUUCAAUUAUAUCGAUUAAUAUAAAUUAUUUAUUGAAUUGUACGACUCAUCUGUGAUUCAGUUGAUUGUUAUUCGUCGUUUCGACACCGUGAUUCGGACGUCCAAAACCAAAACGAUCUCUCCUUGUUCGUAAUUAAUUUUACUGCGCACCACGAAGUUCAUGUUUCUCGUGUAACGAACGUCGUUUCGCGCUCGUCUGAUAUAUAAUUUGCCGCUGUACUUAUGUGACGUACUUGUGUAGAGAGUGUCGAGAGAGCACGAGAUCAUCUAUUCCUGGAUAGAUAUUUCGAGCAGCGUAUAUAUAUGUAAU